GCAGCAGUGGGCGGGACAAGGGGGUUCAUCGGAGACUGAGAGGAGUGGUCGGAACCUCCUUCCCCCUCCUGCUCCUUCUCCUUCCCCUUUCCCUACCGGGAAAGGCUGAGACCCGGCUCCCGGGCUUAUCCGGUGGCGACUGCGGCCUCAGCUCCAGCCAGGCUGUAGGCUACGGAGAAUCCUGACCGCGUCCAGGGCGCUGUGUUUGAAUUGACUGGACUCGAAUUGUGAUUCCUUAGCUGAUGACCUGGCCUAUCGCUGAAACUUGUAGUCCUUCAAGGAAUUGUUCAUCCUUCCUGCUGGCCUCCACCCUCCAGAUCUAGAGUAUUCCUGAUUGUGACAUCACCCAUCCCUUGGUCAUAAAGUGGUCACUAUGAAGGAAGACCCAGCUGGAGAAUAGCCGACAAGAUGGCAUACUUGGAGCAUCUCCUGAGUGGCACUGAGUGGAGGCAUCAGGGGGUUGGAACCUGGUAAACGGAGCCUACCCCCCACCGCUUGAAAGGACGUGGGUUUCAGUGAUGAGACAUGGGGUAUGAUGUAGCCCGUUUCCAGGGGGAUGUUGAUGAAGACCUUAUCUGCCCUAUUUGCAGUGGAGUCUUGGAGGAGCCAGUACAGGCACCUCACUGUGAGCAUGCUUUCUGCAACGCCUGCAUCACCCAAUGGUUCUCUCAGCAGCAGACGUGUCCAGUAGACCGUAGUGUUGUAACAGUUGCCCACCUGCGCCCAGUACCUCGGAUCAUGCGGAACAUGUUGUCAAAGCUACAGAUUGCCUGUGACAACGCUGUGUUUGGCUGCAGUGCUGUUGUCCGGCUUGACAACCUCAUGUCUCACCUCAGUGACUGUGAGCACAACCCAAAGCGGCCUGUGACCUGUGAACAGGGCUGUGGCCUGGAGAUGCCCAAAGAUGAGCUGCCAAACCACAAUUGCAUUAAGCACCUGCGCUCGGUGGUACAGCAGCAGCAGACACGCAUCGCAGAGCUGGAGAAGACAUCAGCUGAACACAAACACCAGCUGUCGGAGCAGAAACGUGACAUCCAGCUCCUGAAGGCAUACAUGCGUGCAAUCCGCAGUGUCAAUCCCAACCUUCAGAACCUAGAGGAGACAAUUGAAUACAACGAGAUCCUGGAGUGGGUGAACUCCCUGCAGCCUGCAAGAGUGACCCGCUGGGGAGGGAUGAUAUCAACUCCCGACGCUGUGCUCCAAGCUGUAAUCAAGCGCUCCCUGGUGGAAAGCGGCUGCCCUGCCUCCAUUGUCAACGAGCUGAUCGAAAAUGCCCAUGAACGUAGCUGGCCCCAGGGUCUGGCCACACUAGAGACAAGACAGAUGAACCGGCGCUUCUAUGAGAACUACGUGGCCAAGCGCAUCCCUGGCAAGCAGGCAGUUGUUGUGAUGGCCUGUGAGAAUCAGCAUAUGGGUGAUGACAUGGUGCAGGAGCCGGGGCUUGUCAUGAUAUUUGCACAUGGUGUGGAAGAGAUAUAGGAGCAUUCAACUGGCUACCAGGAAGAGAUGGAAGUCAGAAAAAACCAUCACUCCAGCAGCUGAGCCCCAAGUCACCCCCUAUCUUUAUGCCAUGGCUUGUACUUGGCCACAUAUCUCUGUGCUCUUCUGGCCCUGAAGGGCUCUGAGGCACUUUGCUCGGCCUUUCAGGGGGGAAACCCAUAUUCCUGACUUUUGCCAUAUUUCUUCCCCUAAAAUGUCUGUAAAUUUUCAGUCUGGGUGGGAAAGUCCCUAGCUCUGUAUUUUCCUGCCUAGGGUCCCUGGUUCCCAAUAUUUUCAGAAAGCACAAAGAGAUUUGUUUAUCCUAGAUGACCAGGGUGGAGUGAGGAAUCUAAUUGUCCCUCUCUUCCAAAACUGGGGAGUGAGACCAGGCAGGAGUGUUGACUCUGGGAGCAGACAUCCUGAAGAAACGCUAAAAGCGGAACCAAAACCCUUGCAGUGAAUUGGCCAAUCACUAGCAGCCCUUAGGGGAAGACUGGACUUUUUGCCAAGCAUGUCCCUGCUCAGCUCAUCUUACAAAGGCACAGGCCUUGCUGGGUCUGUAGGUGUGCAGGUCGGGAUGCUGAAACUUUCCAGAUGAGCUCUUCUUUCCUACACUUUUUCAAAAUUAGGGCAGCACAGGGUUGGGGCAGGGCCUAGACCAUGGGGUCCAUGUGCUCAGCCGGAAGCUGCUGAGCAUUUGCUGAACUAGCAUAAGCACUGCCUCUUGUGCACGUCCAGAGCAGUCCCUUAGGCCCUCUCCAGCCCUGCGAUUGUAGUUAGCUAUUUUGAUAAUUCCCCUUGGCCUUAUUUGUUUAUAUUUCACAACCCCCUGCUGUUCCCCACUUUCUUUUUUUUAAGAAUGGCCUAGUUAUGGUCACCUGAUUCUCUAGUCCAGCCACAUGGUUGGCAGUUUAAUUUAUUUACUUUCAUUUUUUUUUUAACAAAGGAAAAAAGAAAAAAAAUUCAACAAAACUUAAAACUCUCUUUUGCUGUUCCUAUUGUGGGGAUUCUGGGUAGGGUGGGACAGGGCUGGGAUGUGUUUUAUAUAUUUUCUUUUUCAGCACAACCUCUGGUUUUAAUAUAGGAAAAGCCAAGGCAGUCACUGGCUGCACUUACACCUGCUUUGACCACCCCCCCCCAUGAUCCCAUUUGAGGUGAGGAGCUUCCUCUGUUCCUGUGAUACCUGUGCCCCAUGAGGAGUUCUGCCAACCCCUUUUGGGUCUCACUAUAAAACCCUGACUGUAGAGUGGUAAUUUUGAAGGCAGUUCCCCCCAAGUUUUCUUGGAGGAAACAUUUCCUAUAUGACUGGGUUCUAACCUUCACCAUAUAAAAUUAUGUGUAAAAGCAGGCUGUGCUCUGCCUAAACCUAGUCAACCUAAGUACUUAGAUGCAUUUCAGGCACUAUCUGGCCAUUACUUAAUUAUUGCAGUGACUAUCAGAGGAAGGAAAGAGAUAUUGGGUGUGAUUAAAGUGAAGGUGGGCUGGGCAUGGUGACGUACGCCUUUAAUUCUAGCAUUGAGGAGGCAGAGGUAGGAAGAAUGACAGGAGUUUGAAGCCACACUGAGACAACAUAGUGAAUUCCAGGUCAGCCUGAGCUAGAGUGUAACCCUACCUCGAAAAACCUAAAUAAAUAAAUAAAUAAAUAACACAGUGAAGGUGGGACUAGUGUUAGAGAGGUUGAAGGCCUCCUCUUCACCAUUAUAAUAGCUUGUCUUUUUGGAGAUUUGUUCUAGGCUAGCUUGCUAUUGGUCGGGGUAGUUGAGUCAUGAACUUCAGUGGGAUUCUACAUUAUGAGGACAGUAGAGAAAAGUCAUAUGUUCCGGCUCCAGGACACUGCUCAGGAAUUUGAAAACGCUGCUAAUUCUUUGUCUGGUUGUUAUAUUUAUUCCAGUCUCCUUGGCCUCUGCUCUCCUUACCAGGCCCUCACUCUUGUCCUCACCCUGGGACGUAGCCAGGAAACUCCGCUGCAGCUUCCUUCCCCUUGCGCUAGCGUGCGUGCAGGUCGUUGGUUGUGUUGUACGUGUAUUCCGUGGUGUUGAAGUGCACUAAUAAACCUUUCUCUCAACUCUAA